UCAGGAUAAAUGUGUUAAUCUUCAGCAUCAGGAGUAAUUGUAUAUGUAGUUAUUUUGAUGCUCAGACUUUUGUGUUUUUACUCGAGUAAAAUAUUUUGAAUGAUUGUUUUUACAUGUUAAUGACGACACGAGGACACGUGACUCACCUCCUCCUCCUCUUCCUCCUCCUCAGCCAUGACUGACAGUGAUGAAGAUGGCCCCCCCGCCCUGUCAGCUGACUCUCUGGCGGCCCUGCAGGAGUUUUACAAGGAGUCCAGAACGGAUUAUAUCAAGUGUCUGUCAGAGCAGUUCAGUGUGGGGGAGGUGGAGGAGGACUGGCGGAUGAGUCAGUUCUGGUACACUGAAGAAACAGCGACUCUAUUAGCUGAGGAGGUCGUACGAGAAGCAGGAGAGGGAGGCAGGGUCGUGUGUGUGAGCGCGCCCAGUGUGUACCAGAAGCUGAAGCAGGGCGUGGUGGACGGCUCAGACCGGGUGGCCGCUGUCGUUUUGGAGUACGACCGCCGCUUCGCCACCUACGGAGACGACUUCAUCUUCUACGACUACAAGCAGCCGCUGUCUUUGCCGGCCAGCGUGGCUCCUCAGAGCUUCGACGUGGUCCUGGCCGACCCCCCGUACCUGUCCGAGGAGUGUCUGAGCAAAGUGGCCAAAACCAUCAAGUACCUGAGUAAAGGCAAAGUGCUGCUGUGCACAGGAGCCAUGAUGGAGAAUCUGGCCAAAGAGCUUCUGGGUGUAAACAAGUGCAGCUUCCUGCCGCAGCACAACAGAAACUUGUCCAAUGAGUUCCGCUGCUUCGUCAACUAUCCGUCUGUCCUGCUGAGCAGCUGAAGCUCCAGCUGAUCAGUGAUCUGAGUGUUGACUGCUGCUUCCUGAGGACCUCACACAGAUACUUUCCAGCUGUGGUUUAAGCUCACAGUUAUAACUUUGAUUCGUGAGGAAAAAACGUGUCUUGCUUCAAAAUGUAAAAAAGUCCACUGACUUACAUGGAAAAUGACUGGACAUUAGUUUAGGUUAAUAAUGUCCUGUAUUGUUAACUUAUUUCGAGGUUUUGCUGCUUUUAUCUGUUUUAUAUUUUUUCACAUUAAAUAUCUUUCAGACGCUGUUUCAAGAAAAACAGCAAAUUGAAGAUGUCAACUUGGACCCUGAAAACUAAUUUAUUUUAAUGUUAUUUUAUGAAUAAAUAAAAAGGUAAAUAAUCAUAUGUGGAAAACAACCUGUAAAAUAACUUGUAUCCACCUGUGAUACCUUGUGUGAAAUCAUGUUUGGUUCAAAUAAUUAACUGCCGUUAAUUAAAAAAUUGAGCCAGUUCUUGUUUCCUGAAAAUACAAAUGAGAAACAAAGGAGUAUUAAAUGUUUGUUGUAG